AUGGAGAGGAGACGGGUCACCUCAGCCGCUCGCCGCUCCUACGUCUCCUCCUCGGAGAUGGUGGGGGGAGCCCUGGCCUCCGGCCGCCGUCUGGGGCCGGGCACCCGCGUCUCCCUGGCUCGGAUGCCGCUUCCACUCCCGGCCCGGGUGGACUUCUCCCUGGCCGGGGCCCUCAACACCGGCUUCAAGGAGACCCGGGCCAGUGAGCGGGCAGAGAUGAUGGAGCUCAAUGACCGCUUCGCCAGCUACAUUGAGAAGGUGCGCUUCCUGGAGCAGCAGAACAAGGCGCUGGCUGCGGAGCUGAACCAGCUGCGGGCCAAGGAGCCCACCAAGCUGGCCGACGUCUACCAGGCUGAGCUGCGGGAGCUAAGGUUUCGGCUCGACCAACUCACCGCCAACAGCGCCCGGCUCGAGGUCGAGAGAGACAAUCUGGCGCAGGACCUGGGCACCCUGAGGCAGAAGCUCCAGGAUGAAACCAACCUGAGGCUGGAGGCCGAAAACAACCUGGCCACCUAUCGACAGGAGGCAGAUGAAGCCACCCUAGCCCGUCUGGAUCUGGAGAGGAAGAUUGAAUCUCUGGAGGAGGAAAUCCGGUUUUUGAGGAAGAUCCAUGAGGAGGAGGUGCAGGAACUUCAGGAGCAGCUGGCCCGGCAGCAGAUCCAUGUGGAGAUGGACGUAGCCAAGCCGGACCUCACGGCAGCCCUGAGAGAGAUCCGCACGCAGUACGAGGCAAUGGCGGCCAGCAACAUGCAUGAGGCAGAGGAGUGGUAUCGGUCCAAGUUUGCAGACCUGACCGACGCCGCAGCGCGCAACGCUGAGCUGCUCCGCCAGGCCAAGCACGAAGCCAACGACUACCGGCGCCAGCUACAGGCCUUGACCUGUGACCUGGAGUCCUUGCGCGGCACAAACGAGUCCUUGGAGAGGCAGAUGCGGGAGCAGGAUGAGCGCCACGCGCGGGAGGCGGCAAGUUACCAGGAGGCACUGACCCGGCUGGAGGAGGAGGGGCAGAGCCUCAAAGACGAGAUGGCACGGCAUCUGCAGGAGUACCAGGACCUGCUGAACGUCAAGCUGGCCCUGGACAUCGAGAUCGCCACCUACAGGAAGCUGCUGGAGGGCGAGGAGAACCGCAUCACUAUUCCCGUGCAGACCUUCUCCAACCUGCAGAUCCGAGGGGGCAAAAGCACCAAAGAAGGGGAAAGUCACAAGGUCACAAGACAUCUCAAAAGGCUCACAAUACAAGUUAUACCAAUACAGGCUCACCAGAUUGUAAAUGGAGCCCCGCCGGCUCUCGGUUAGCAGCCUGCCUCUCAGACA